CUCCGGUUCUGCCCCCUCCCCCGCCUCGGCGUCUGCGAAGAUAAACGAUAGUUGGCCGGCGAGCACCGAGUGUGUCUCCCGCCGCUGGGUUCGGCGGGCUGCGUGGGACCGGCGGCAUCCCGGCCAGCCGGCCAUGGCGGGGCUGUACUCGCUGGGAGUGAGCGUCUUCUCUGACCAGGGCGGGAGGAAGUACAUGGAGGACGUGACACAAAUUGUGGUGGAGCUCGAGCCGACGGCUGAAGAAAAGCCCUCGUCGCGGCGGUCGCUCUCGCAACCGUCGCCUCCGCAACUGUCACCGCCGGCUGCCGCCAGCGAAGUCCUGGGGAAAGGCCCCGCGGUGGCAGCCCGAGAAACUCGCGCCCCGCCCCCGGACUCCGGGCCCUCGCCAGCUCCCGGCCGCCGCUGCGGCCGCCGUUCCUCGGUGGCGUUUUUCGCCGUGUGCGACGGGCACGGCGGGCGAGAGGCGGCACAGUUUGUCCGGAAACACUUGUGGGGUUUCAUCAAGAAGCAGAAGGGGUUCACCUCGUCCGAGCCGGCGAAGGUUUGCGCUGCCAUCCGUAAAGGCUUUCUCGCUUGUCACCUCGCCAUGUGGAAGAAACUGGCAGAAUGGCCAAAGACUAUGACAGGUCUUCCCAGCACAUCAGGAACAACUGCCAGUGUGGUCAUCAUACGAGGCAUGAAGAUGUAUGUAGCUCACGUGGGUGACUCAGGGGUGGUUCUUGGAAUUCAGGAUGACCCGAAGGAUGAUUUUGUCCGAGCUGUGGAAGUGACUCAGGACCAUAAGCCAGAACUUCCUAAGGAAAGAGAACGAAUCGAAGGACUUGGUGGGAGUGUGAUGAACAAGUCUGGGGUGAAUCGUGUAGUUUGGAAGCGACCUCGGCUCACUCACAAUGGACCUGUUAGAAGGAGCACAGUUAUUGACCAGAUUCCUUUCCUGGCAGUAGCAAGAGCACUUGCAGAAUGGCCAAAGACUAUGACAGGUCUUCCCAGCACCUCAGGAACAACUGCCAGUGUGGUCAUCAUACGAGGCAUGAAGAUGUAUGUAGCUCACGUGGGUGACUCAGGGGUGGUUCUUGGAAUUCAGGAAGACCCGAAGGCUGAUUUUGUCCGAGCUGUGGAAGUGACACAGGACCAUAAGCCAGAACUUCCUAAGGAAAGAGAACGAAUCGAAGGACUUGGUGGGAGUGUGAUGAACAAGUCUGGGGUGAAUCGUGUAGUUUGGAAGCGACCUCGGCUCACUCACAAUGGACCUGUUAGAAGGAGCACAGUUAUUGACCAGAUUCCUUUCCUGGCAGUAGCAAGAGCACUUGGACAACCUGUAUGAAUGGAGCUGAAUAGGAACCAGAGAUCCCUCUGAUUUACCUUCUGGUUUUGACACAGAUUGCUUCUGUGAGUGAAGUUCACUUCACUUCAGGACAGUUAUUCAGGGUAUCAUAUCUGGAUGCAUACAAUGUCUGUUCAUCACUGGUUACUAAUUUUCAUCACCCACUCAAGAGUACACUGCUCCAAAGCUUCCAUGGCCAACUUCUCUGAGAUCUGUGAAGAGCUUCUCUGGAUCUUCUUUGAAGAAGAGUUCUGCAAUUUCAGGGUCCUUCAGGCCCUCUGUUGGGGUAGUUGACAGCAU